AUGACAAAGUUCAUAUCAUGUGCAGAAACAAGAUUUCAAAAUCAAGAGGCAUCGAUCAAGAAUUUGGAGACUCAAGUGGGGCAGUUGGCACAGAUGAUAUCUUCUAGAGUCCAAGGUACCUUGCCCAGCAAUACAGAAGCAAAUCCAAGGGAACAAGUGCAAGCCAUUACCUUGAGGAGUGGUAAGGAGCUGCAAGAGGUGGAGAAGAAAACAAAGGAAGAAGGUAAGACGGGUGCAACCCUAGAAACUGGAGAAAAGGAGGAAGAGCAGGCUGAUUCAAGGAAAGAGACAAGCCAAAAGCCACAACUGCCAUUUCCUAAUAGGCUUAAGCAACACAAAAUGGAAAAGGAAUUCGAUGAGUUUCUUGAAAUUUUCAAGAGUUUGCAUAUUAACAUUCCUUUUGCAGAUGCCUUAGCCCAGAUGCCGCAUUAUGCAAAGUUCCUUAAGGAAAUCUUGGCGAACAAAAGGAAAUUGGGAGACGUGGCUAUAGUUGCACUGAAUGAAGAAUGCUUAGCAAUCCUCCUCAACAAGCUGCCUCAGAAACUGAAAGAUUUAGGCAAUUUCACUAUUCCUUGCACUAUAGAUGUCAUUGAUUAUGUGGUUGGUGGGUGUUUUCAGGUUAACAGGUUGGCCGAUCUCCUUGAGCUAUGCAUACAAGAAGGAGAAGCCUUAAUGGGAGAAAAGGAAGAAAUUCAAAGCAUGUUGGCAUACCUGAAUGCCAAUCCUCAGUUUCAAGGAAAGGGGUUCAUCAAGUUGGAGAGCUUGGACAGACCCUCGAUGCCAGAAAGCAAGUCUUCAAUCGAAGAGCCGCCCACCCUUGAGCUGAAGCAACUCUCACCACUUCUAGAGUAUGCCUUCUUAGAAGCACCAUCAGCCCUACCAGUGAUCAUAUCAGCAGCCUUGACCCCUUUGCAGAAGGAAAAACUGUUACGGGUGCUACGGGAACACAAGACAGCUCUAGCUUGGAAGGUAGUAGAUAUCAAGGGUAUCAACCCGCCCAUAUGCACUCACAAAAUUCUGAUGGAGGAUGGAAGCAAGCCCAUGGUUCAUCCCCAAAGACGCCUGAACCUGAACAUGAAGGAUGUGGUGAAGGCAGAAGUCAUCAAGCUGUUAGACGCAGGCAUUAUCUAUCCGAUCUCUGACAGUUCAUGGGUGAGCCCCGUCCAAGUAGUGCUGAAGAAAGGAGGCAUGACUGUGGUACCGAAUGCGAAGAAUAAACUCAUACCGACUAGGAUGGUUACCGGGUGGUGUGUGUGCAUUGAUUACAAAAGACUAAACGAAGCCACACACAAGGAUCAUUUCCCUCUACCCUUCAUCGAUCAAAUGCUAGAGAGGCUAGCUGGUCAUGAGUUCUAUUGUUUCCUAGAUGAGUACUCGGGGUACAAUCAGAUACCAAUUUCACCCGAAGAUCAGGAGAAGACCACCUUCACAUGUCCUUACGACACCUUUGCUUACAGGAGGAUGCCAUUCAGUUUAUGCAAUUCUCCAACAACAUUUCAGAGGUGCAUGAUGGCUAUAUUUUUUGAUAUGGUGGAGAACUUCAUGGAGAUUUUCAUGGAUGACUUUUCGGUCUUUGGCUCUUCCUUCGAUGCAUAUCUACAUAACUUGGAAAAGAGAGGGAUAGAGGUUGAUAGAGCCAAGGUGGAGACAAUUGAGAAGUUGCCACCACCAACAUCCGUCUGGUCUGUGAGAAUCUUCUUGGGACACGCAGGAUUCUAUAGAAGGUUCAUCAAGGAUUUGUACAAGAUAGCUAAGCCAUUGUCCAAUUUGCUGCAGAAAGAUGUGCCCUUUGAUUUUUUCACAAAGGAAUGCCUGGAAGCGUACAACAUCUUGAAGGACAAACUGAUUAAUGCCCCAAUCAUAAUAGCAUCGGAUUGGACACUCCAUUUUGAGUUGAUGUGCGAUGCGAGUGAUUCAGUAGUUGGAUCCGUUCUAGAACAAAGAGUGAACAAACAUUUCCAACCAAUUUACUAUGCUAGCAGGACCUUGAAUGGAGCUCAACAGAAUUACACCACGACGGAAAAGGAACUACUAGCGGUAAUUUUUGCUUUUGAUAAAUUUCAUUCAUAUCUAAUCUUGUCCAAGGUUAUUGUGUAUACAGAUCACUCGGCACUCAGACAUCUACUUGCAAAGAAGGAUGCAAAGCCAAGGCUGAUCAGGUGA